UUUGACACCAAGUUAGUCGACAAAACAAAAACAGUGGCUGAUGCUGUUGUUCGAUUUCACAUUCAAAUUUUUUCCCAAAAUUUUACAACAUAAACGCAAGAAAAGCAGUAUUGGUAUUCAGUGUUACUAAUAGCAUUUAGUGCAAAAUGAGUAACAUUUACAUUCAGGAACCGCCGACAUCCGGAAAGGUCCUACUCAAAACCACAGUCGGUGACAUCGAUAUCGAACUGUGGUCCCGCGAGUGUCCGCUGGCAUGUCGGAACUUUAUCCAGCUGUGCAUGGAAGGGUACUACAAUGGGACGCUGUUUCACCGAGUUGUGCGCGGAUUCAUUGUCCAAGGUGGCGAUCCCAACGGAGACGGAACCGGCGGAGAAUCGAUUUACGGUCACCCGUUCCGCGAUGAGUUCCACUCGAGAUUGCGGUUUAUGCGGCGAGGAUUGGUAGCAAUGGCCAAUUCCGGAAAGAACGACAAUGGGUCGCAGUUUUUCUUCACCAUGGGCGCCACACCGGAACUGCAGAAUAUGCACACGUUGUUUGGGAAAGUGGCUGGCGACACGAUUUAUAAUAUGCUGAAGUUGGAGGAGGGCGAGAUUUACGAGAAUGAGCGACCGCAUUUCCCACACAAAAUCUUGAAGGCGGAGAUUUUGAGCAACCCCUUUCCGGAUAUUGUGCCAAGAGUGCUGAAGGCCAAAAAGUCUGGUGAAGAGAAACAAAAGAAAAAGAAGGAAAAGGGCGUCAAGAACUUCGGGUUGCUGUCGUUUGGUGACGAGGCAGAAGAGGAGGAACAGGAGACGACGGAGUUUGUGCAACGGAACUUUGCCGGAAAGGGAAAGAGUUCGCAUGACGUGUUGGAUGAUCCGCGAUUGAGCAAGCAAGCGGUGAAAGUAGUGGAGGGGAGCGAGGAGAAAAACAAAACUCGGAAAGACUCGAGCUCCGAUUCGGAAGAUGAAGAAUCAAAAUCAAAGACAUCUGGUCGUGAUAAGCAACUUGUUCUACAGGAAGCCACAAGCGUCCGGGAAAAGUUGAAGAAAAGAAACAAAGAAGAACCCAAACCCCAGUCCUCAUCCGAUUCAGAUUCAGAUUUCGGCUUGGAGAGUGAACGGAAAAAGGUAAAACAAGAGCAAGCGGCGAAAAUACGAGAGGAAAUCAGUAAGCUUAAAAAAGACUAUCAAUCGGACAAGAAGAAAGAACGACAUCAGGAAGAGGUGGUCGUGAAAAAGAAGGAAGCUAAAAAUGAAGUUAUGAAGGAAUUCUUGUCUGUUCAAGAACAAUACUCCGAGAAAAAGAAACAGGUGCCCAAAAAGGGCAGUUCGAGGGAAAAUUUCACUCUCCAAUUACUGGAAAAGUUCAAAAGCAAAUUGCACAACAUCAAAGACGCGGCUGACGACGAGGAGGCCAGUGGAAGCAAGGAGGAAACCAACGAGGAGGAAGACAUCAAGGGAGAUAACUGGCUAUCGCAUCGGUUACAGUUCGAGAAGAACGAUCCCAUUUUGGCAAAGGAUGCCGCAACGAAGGACGACGAUUGGUACGACGUUUACGAUCCGAGAAAUCCGUUGAACAAACGGAAACGUGGCGAAAAAUCGAGCGGAAGGAUAAACCUAAGAAGUAAGCCUGGUAAGUAUUUGUUUUAUGUUUAGUUUAUUCAUUUUAAUCUAUGUGUGACAAAAAUAUCUAUGCUAAAUAAUUGAAAACCACGAGCAGUAAUAUAUUAGCAUGGAACGCAAAAGAAAUUCCUCGAGCAGUUGAUGAAUAAGUUAAAAUAUUGCAGCAUAUAAAAUGUAUAU